UUUUGCAGGUGCCCAGCUGGGGAUGCGAAGGUUCCCACUUCCCCUCUGGAGAGCAGGCGGGGUCCUGUCCUCAGCAGCCUGGCAGCCAGGUUCCCUGCAGGAGAGGAGGGGGAAACUUGUCUCUGCAGAAGCGGGUGUGGUUCUAGCUUCCUCGCCGUGGCUCUGGUGUGUUUCCACCCUGCUCUGCACGGGCUUGCACGCACGACACCGGUGCCUGGAGAGAAACACCCAGAGAGGGGAGACUGGCAAAAGCAGAUCUGCAGCGAGAGCCCGGAGAGAGAGGAAUGGCCCCUUGCCGCCAGGGUGCCUCUUGCUGACCUGGACGGGACAGAGAACAAGGGGGGGCCUCAGCAGUAAGAGAUGAGGGGAGGUGCCCCGGAAGGCCAAAUCUAAGCUAAGGCAGAGUGGGGAGACGGACCCCGAACCAAGACCAGCCCUGCUCGAUCCCUGAUCAUGCUGGGCCUGAAGCUUCCCCGACUCCUCAGCAUUCACCAAGUUCCCAAAGUUUUCCAGGAGCAGGGCAUCCUGUUUGGGUACCGUCACCCGAGGAGCUCUGCCACAGAUUGCAUCUUCAGCCUCUUCCAAAUGACCAACGAAACGGUCAAUAUAUGGACGCACUUGCUCCCUUCUGGGUACUUCCUAUGGAAGCUCUUUGUCUUGCUCUUCGCGUGGGACGUCUGGAACGACCCCUUCACCUGGCCCUUCCUCACCUACAUGGUCACCUGCUGCCUCUACCCGCUGGCCUCCACCUUUGCUCACACCUUCAGCACCAUGUCCAGCCAAGCCAGACACAUCUGCUAUUUCUUCGACUACGGUGCUCUCGCCCUGUACAGCCUAGGCUCUGCAAUCGCUUACUCUGCUUACGUCUUCCCAGAGGAAUGGAUUGACAGCGCCUUCCACCAGGGCUACAUCUUUAUCGCUGUGCUUAACGCAGUUCUGAGCACAAGUCUCUCCUGCUAUUCCAGGUUCACUGAAGCAGAGCGGCCCAGGUUCACCAAAGCGAUUCGUAUUGUAGCCUUUGCAUAUCCUUAUGCGUUUGACAGCCUGCCACUCUUCUACCGGCUUUACUUGUGCACCACAAGGGGCUGCUCGGAGAGCGUCAUCCCCACCCACUACAGCCACGUCCUCUUUGCCUUCCUCACCUGCUUCAUUUACGCUACGCACCUGCCAGAGCGACUGGUACCAGGCCUCUUCGACUACUUUGGGCACAGCCACCAGCUUUUCCACAUCUGUGGGAUCACAGGGACACACUUCCAAAUGGAGUCGCUCCUUCUAGACAUGACAGAUCGUCGGGACCGGCUGCUGGCUUUUUCCCCAACUCCUUCCUUCUCUCAGACUGUGGGCCCCAUGGUGACUUCCUUGACCAUCAGUCUGCUCAUCAUCGCGGCUUUCUCAACGACACUCUAUUCAGUGCCAAAAUUCUCCAGGAGAGAAAAACACAGGGACUAAUUUUUUUUAAAAAAAGACCCAUACUUUUGUUCACAUGUAUAGAAGUUAUCGGGUGCUACUCAUUACUCUCUGAUGAAGGUGUUGAAACUAUCCUUUGAGAAAUUUCUGAAUCAAGGGCUUUUUAUUAGUGAGAUUUUGUACUGUAAUUUUUCUGUCGCUUUAGCUGAAAUUAAAGACACAAUCGGGGAAGCGGCUUUUCAAAUGCCUAGGUAGGAUUUGACCUCUUUGUAACGCCUUAAGAAUUGCGAGCACAAAAUUCAAGCCCGGUGGCACCUUUAAGACCAACAAAGUUUAAUUCACGGUAUGAGUUUUUAUGUGCAAGCGCACUUCCUCAAAUACAAAUAAGAAUUGCUAGCCGGGGACCUCCAAAGAAAUUCAAGCACUGGCCAUCUCAGCAGCCUUAAUUACUCUACCAGUGGCCGUUGAUCAAGAGCCAGUUUCUACUGGCAAAGUAUAAAGCCUGGCUCAUACCAAAGAGAUGCCACAACCUUCCAUUUUCCAUGCUUGGGAAGACACAGCACUGUCAAGCAUACCUGGAUGCAACGUGUCUAGAGCAUAAAUAAUAAUUGAUAUGGUUUUCUAAGACACAACCUUGCCAUGAAGCAUUACCCAGCUUCUUCAAAACUGUAUUAGCUCAUGUUUUUGUAAAUAGCCUCUGCUGAGGUUUUGCACAGUCACUGUUCAGUAAUAAUGAAAAAAUAAAGUCAAUUUUGGGAUAAA